AUGCAGAGUAGACAUUUUAUCAAUGAAAGUUACGAAGAAAUUGACGAUGCCAAUCGUAAUCCGAUAUUUGGAUAUGAAAAUUUAUCUCUUAUGACAUUAGAAAAAGCGGUAGAAAGCAUCGAACAGUCAGUUCCCGAUGUGAAAGAUUAUGUGGCAACAGCGAAACGUGAAUCCAAGGGACGUUCGACUUCAUUAACUGAAGAUGAAACAGCAUCGAUUUAUCUUUAUUCAAUGCCAGUGACUUUCUUUGGCUGUCUUAACAAAGCUCUUCGAGAAAAAGAUCGACAAGCACUUAAACCCUGGUUCGCUUAUUUAAAAUUAUUUCUCCAUGCUCUCGAAAAACUUCCGUCAACAAAUGCAACUAUAUGGCGAGGUGUUGCCGGUGAUGUUGCUUCAGUUUUUUCUGACGGUCAAAAACGUAUUUGGUGGAGUGUUAAUUCUUGUUCGAAAAAUCUCGGAGUGGUUGAAAUGUAUCUGGGACAAACAGGUACUGUGUUUGCUAUUGAUGUUAUCAAUGGGAAAGAUAUUUCAAAAUAUUCCACGUUCUCAGAAGAAGAAGAGAUUGUUCUCAUGCCUGGUACACAUGUUUCUCCCAAAUGUCAAUCAUUAAACUUUGAUAAUCGCUUUUUUCUUGUACAUUUGAAGGAAGAAGGUAAAUCGAAAGCCAAUACAAGUCAGGAAUUAGAGGUUGUGUAUGAAAUUAAUCCAAGAAGUUCGGCAGGAUUUUCUAUUGUUAACAAUUUCAAUAAUUGGUUUGGUAGUAAUGUAACGCAUGUUGCCAAUGGAUAUUCAUUGUCUGAAAAUCAAUGGAUUUAUGUAUGUUUUCAUGUUGAAGUGUUGUCAUUGGAAAAGAUUCGUUUGGCAAUUAAACAACAAUUCAAUAUUUCCAUGGAAGAUCAUUGGAAAGAUGUUACAAACUACAAAUUGCACAAAGUUAUGUAUCGAUCUGUUCACAAACAACAGCGCUCAACGUCAUUUGAAUUUCUGACAAUUAUUUCCCAAGACCGAAAUGGUUGA